AGAUUCUUAUCAGUUUUAUCGGCUCUUAACGUUGACCUAAAACAGCCGACUGAAUGAACCGACUCAUUCGCAAACUGAUUCAGAUUAGUGUUCACUGUUAGGAGGUUUACAAUGUCGGGGAUGGAGGUUCCAGGACCUGAUAAUGACUGGAGGAGUCAAGGAUUCCGACAAAAAAUAGUCACACAAAUAGAGGAGGCCAUGCGCAAAGCUGGAACAGCUCACACCAAAUCCAGCAAUGAAAUGGAGAGUCAUGUGUUUAACAAAGCCAAGAGUAGAGAGGAGUAUUUGUCCAUGGUUGCCAGGCUGAUCAUUCAUUUCAGAGACAUCCAUAAAAAAGCACAAGGAGGACCAGAUCAGAUGAACCCUCUACAGAAUCUAACAGGAGUAGGUGGUGCCGGAGGCCCUGGUACUAUUGGCUUGCCCCCUCGUCCUCCUGGUGCCCCAAUGGGUGCCAUGGGCUCCAUGAACCAGAUGCCGAUAGGCCAGCAUGCCAUGCAGGGAGUUGCAGGAAAUCAGCAGGGUGCUGGACCAGCGGUGCAGUUGCAGAUAGCACAGCAGCAACAGCAGUCCAUCCAAUUUCCGCAGUUCCAGCCACAGCAGCAGGCAGCCAUGCAGCAGAACGCCAUGCAGCAGCAGUUUCAGGCCCAGCAGCAGCAGUUAAAACUGCAGCAGCUGCAACAACAACAGCAGCAGCAGCAACAACAGCAGCAGCAGCAGCAUCAUCAAAAUCAGUCACUGCAGCACCAGAACCAGCAACAGCAGCAAGCCCAGGCACAACAGCAGAACCAGUUGCAUCAGUCCCGACUUCAGCAGCAGCAGUUCGCACAGUUUCAGCAACUCCAGCAGCAGGCUCAUGCCCAGGCUCAGUCCAUUCAACAGCAGCAGCAGCAGCUUCAGCAAGCUCAGGCUCAACCAGGUCAGAUGCCCCCACAUUCCCAGCCUCCGCCGCAGAUUCUUGUGCCCCAGUCAUUGCCUGGUCAGAUGCCCCCCGGGCAGCACCCACCCAUUGGUACCAUGAGCCAGCAGUUGAAGAUUCAGCAGGCCCAGCAGGCCCAACAAGCUCUCCAGGCGAGGGUCUUUCAGCAACAGCAGCAGCAGCAGCAGCAGCAACAACAACAGCAACAACAACAGCAGCAGCAGCAACAACAGCAGCAGUCGCAGCAGCAGCAAGUCCAACAAGCCCAGCAGCAGGCGGCGGCGGCGGCAGCAGCAGCAGCUCAGGCCCAGCUUGUGACUGUGUCUGGCCCGAUGAUGCCCCGUGCUGGGAUACAAAUGCCACCCCGGUUGCCCCGCGCCAUUCCGAACUCUGCCAUUCCUCCAAACCCUGCUGCCAUGGGAGGACAGCAAAUGCCACAGGGUCAGCAGAUGUCCUCCCCAUCUCCAGUCCAGGUGCAGACACCCCAGCCUUCAAUGCCACCUCCUCCCCAGCCUCAACCCUCUCCACAGCCGCUCUCGUCACAACCUAACUCUGUCAGUUCUGGUCCAACUCCAUCUCCAGGAGGUUUCCAACCCAGUCCUUCCCCACAGCCUUCACAGAGUCCAGCCACAGCACGUACACCACAGAGUUACCCAUUGCAAGUGCCAUCUCCUGGACCACUCAGCACUCCAGGUAACCCCAGCUCUGUGAUGAGUCCAGCGAGUGCGUCCCAGUCAGAGGACCAGCUGUACAUGGACAAACUCAAACAGCUCUCCAAAUACAUUGAACCAUUGCGCAGGAUGAUUAACAAGAUUGACAAAAAUGAAGAAAGGAAGAAGGACCUGAGCAAGAUGAAAAGUUUGCUAAAUAUUCUCACUGAUCCCAACACCAGAUGCCCCCUUAAAACCCUACAGAAGUGCGAAAUAGCCUUGGAGAAGCUUAAGAAUGACAUGGCAGUGCCUACUCCUCCUCCUCCAACAGUGCCUUCCAAAAAGCAGUACCUGUGCCAGCCGCUGCUCGAUGCAGUCUUGGCCAACAUCCGCUCACCAGUUUUCAACCACUCUCUCUAUCGAACGUUUGCACCGGCGAUGACCGCCAUUCACGGCCCACCCAUCACGGGGCCCAUCGUGCCGACUCGGAAGAGGAAAUAUGAGGAAGAUGAUCGUCAGACUAUCCCAAACAUCCUGCAGGGGGAGGUAGCGCGCCUUGAUCCCAAAUUCCUUGUCAACUUGGACCCGUCAUUCUGCAGCAACAACGGGACGGUGCACCUCAUCUGCAAACUGGAUGAUAAGACCCUUCCGAGUGUUCCUCCUCUGCAGCUGAGCAUUCCGUCAGACUAUCCUGAGCAGAGCCCUCAAUGGGACAAUGAUGAUCAGCAAUAUGAGGCAAACCCAUUUUUGCAGAACGUCCACAGGAACAUGACGUCCAAACUGCUGCAGCUUCCUGACAAGCACUCUGUUACAGCUCUGCUCAACACCUGGGCUCAAAGUGUGAGACAGGCGUGUCUCUCUGCUGCCUAAUCAUUGCACCGAGGGGUUCUCUCGCAGCAUAAAACGCAUCGCUUCUGUCUAUGUGUACAACACUUCUGUCCACAACUCUGAUAUUCUUCAUAGUUCUUAUCUUAAGCAGUGCAGGUUUGUAAAGGACCACUAAAACACCGGUGUGGGUGAAUGCUUUUUUAAAUUUACAUGAAUAAAUAACGUAUUUGCGUCACUGUGCAGUGUGCAUUUGAAGUUUAUAAAGCAGCUGAUGUAUACGCGUAGCCUCGAAACAAAUGUAUCGUAUAAUCUGGACCAUAAAUCACGAAAGACAACAACUGCAACUAUUUCUUUUCUGUCUUUCGACACCGAAGACAAACGCAUUUGAAUUGUGAUCAGCAGACUCUGUUUGAGGUGGGCAAUUUUUUGAAUGUGUUUAAUCGGAUGCAUCCACAUGACUCCAGAAAAAGUCAUAUUUAUAUGAAGUGUAAUUCCAGAACUUGGUGAGUUCACAACGCAGGGCAUCAAAACCCAAUUACCAUAUUUUAAGCUUCAGAUAAUAAAUAUGUAUAUAUUCGCUGUUGGAUAUGCAUCUCAUUGUUUGACACCAACAGUCUGGGAAAACAAGUCUAGCUCCAGGGCAUGUUGGAGCUACCAGUUGCAAAUGGUUAUUAAAAUUACCUCUGUUUUAACGAACAGAUGUAACACUAUGGAGAA